UAGUAUAUAUAAAAUUGAUUUUUUAAACUUGAGUUUUAACUUACGUUCUUCAAAGAAAUAAUCCUCAACUCAAGUUCUCUGCAUAUAUCUCAUGGUGGCUAGCUGCUAUCUUUAACAAAUCUGAAGUCUACAAAGAUGUUUCAUAUGAAUGAUGUUAAAAUGGCCAUGAUAGUUACUUUGUUAUGGUUGUGUCUGCACACUAUCGCUUAUGCAUUGGUGAAUAACAGUUUAAGGCCAGGGGAGACAUUAGAUCACUCAACCACACUAUGCUCACCAAUGCACAGGUUCUGUUUGAAAUUUGGACCUCUUCAAUUUGACCCCACUCAUACCUACUUAGUGAUUCGUAACACACGCACUCCAACCGGAUAUGCUGAUUGGAUUGCCAACAGAAAUGACCCUAUUGACAACAAUUCUGGGGUGCUUCUAACACUGAAUCAUUCAGGUGCUUUAACCAUCACAAGUCAAGGUGGGAACCCCAUAACUCUCUUCUCACCUCUUCUACCUACCAAAAGAAAUGUUGCUGUCACACUUUUGGAUUCUGGGAACUUGGUCCUUGGAGAAUAUGAUGCUAGUGGAUCCAUGAAGCAUGUGAUGUGGCAAAGCUUUGAUCACCCUUCGGAUGUGUUGCUACCUGGCAUGAAGUUAGGGGUUAAUCACAAGACUAAUCAUACAUGGUUGGUUGUGUCAUCUUUUUCUACUAACAACCCUUCUUCAGGUUCCUUUGCUCUUGAAUGGGAGCCAAGGAAUGGAGAAUUGGUCAUAAAGAGGGGAGGGAAGAUAUAUUGGACAAGUGGUGUUUUGAAAAACAAUAAGUUUGAGAAUGUUCCAGGGCAUAUGCAGGUCAUGUAUGAGUACAAAAUUGUCUCAAACAAAGAUGAGGAGUCCUUUAGUUAUGCAAGUCACAAUGAUCACUCCCAGUGGGUGCUGUUUAGUAAUGGGAAUUUGCAGGAUACAGAAAAUGGAGAUAUAGCUCAGACUCAAAAUUGCUAUGGCUACAAAACCAAGGGGGGUUGUGAGAUAUGGGAGGACCAACCCAUGUGUAGGCAUUUUGGUGAUGUAUUUGAAGUACAAUCAGGGUACUUUGAGUUGUCUCAAGAUAAUGAUUCUUUGGCUGAAGACAGGAACAUUACACUGACUGAAAUUGAUUGCAAGGAUUUUUGUUGGAGCAAUUGCAACUGUGUUGGGUUCACAACUUAUUUUCCCAAUCAGACAGGGUGUAAAUAUUAUUAUGGAGGAUGGGUGCCUACUUAUGUGAAGUAUGCUGGAUUGAGUGUCAACAUUCUUGUAAAGAACAACCAAAAUCACAAAGAUAUGAAGAAGUGGAUUAUAACUGGUGUUGGUGUAGGAUCAACUUUACUCAUAAUCGGCCUUGGCAUUUUCUGUAUAAGAAUAAGGAGAAGAAGAGCUGCACGUCAAGAGAAGAGAAGCAUAAGGGAGAAUGACAUGCUUAAUUUCAUGGUGUGUGAGAGAUCUAACAGUUUAGCUGAACAUCAAAAUGAAGUGAAAACUGGGAAUGCUUUAAGAAUGUUCAGUUAUGCAUCAAUCAUGGCAGCUACAAAGAGGUUCUCAGUGGAAAACAAGUUAGGAGAAGGAGGCUUUGGACCUGUAUAUAAGGGACUGUUAACCCAAAGAGAAGAAAUAGCGAUAAAAAGACUUUCAAAAGGUUCAGGGCAAGGGGACAUUGAGUUUAAAAAUGAAUUAACUCUCAUAUCAGAACUCCAACACAUGAAUCUUGUUCAGUUGUUGGGCUGCUGCAUUCAUGGAGAUGAGAGAAUGCUAAUAUAUGAGUAUAUGCCUAACAAAAGCUUGGACUACUUUUUAUUUGAUUCAACACAAAGCGGAAAAUUAGACUGGAGAAAACGUUUCAACAUAAUUGAUGGGAUUGCACAAGGACUUCUCUAUCUACAUAAGUAUUCAAGAUUGAGAAUUAUACACAGAGAUUUGAAAGCAAGUAAUAUUCUUCUUGAUGCAAAUAUGAAUCCCAAAAUUUCAGAUUUUGGCAUGGCUAGAAUUUUCACACAAGAAUCAGAUAUAAAUACUAAAAGGAUUGUUGGGACAUAUGGUUACAUGUCACCUGAGUAUGCCAUGGAAGGAAUUUUCUCUUUCAAAUCUGAUGUUUAUGCUUUUGGAGUCUUGCUGCUUGAAAUUAUAAGUGGAAGAAGAAACAAUGUUGAAUGGCCACUUAAUCUAGUAGGACAUGCUUGGGAGCUAUGGAAACAAAGUCAUCCACUAGACCUGUUAGAUCCAACUUUAAGAGAAUCAUUCAAUGAAGAUGAAGUGUUGAAAUGCAUUCAUAUUGGUCUUCUAUGUGUAGAAGAAUGUGCAGCUGAUCGUCCAAACAUUUCAGAGAUAAUAGUCAUGUUGACAAGUGAUAUUGCCUCAUUUCCAUUACCAAGAAGACCAGCAUUUUACCGUGGAAGAAAGCUGGUUGAGGAAUACAGUUCUUCUCUUGAUAAUGAGACUCUUUCGGUGAAUGGUUUAACUGUUACAAGCAUAGGUGGAAGGUAAAUCUAUUAAUGAAUGCAUAGAUUCAAAAACUUUAGUA